AUGGAAACAAACCCGGCCCCGCCCCCCUCCCGGAGGUCGCCGGGAAAAGGGCACCGCCCCCUGGGGGGGCAUCCCAGCCGGCCAGGCGAAUGUUCCCCCUUGCAACGAACCGUCUUACCCUCUCUUCUCCUCUGGCUUCCUCACCUGUCCGCAACUCCGCCCGCCCCACCCCCGGAAGUGACGAUGGCCUCCCAUCCUUGCUUGCGUCCCGUCGAGCCUUGCGGCGGCGGCGGGAAGAUGGCGGCGGCGGGAGCCCUGGAACGGAGCUUCGUGGAGCUCAGCGGUGCUGAGCGCGAGAGGCCGAGACACUUUCGGGAAUUCACAGUGUGCGGCAUUGGGACUGCAAAUGCCUUGGCUGGAGCCGUGAAAUACAGUGAGAGCGCGGGAGGCUUCUCUUAUCUGGAAAGUGGCAAGUUGUUCGCCGUCACCAGGAACAGGUUCAUUCAUUGGAAGACCUCUGGAGAUACAUUGGAGCUGGUGGAAGAGUCACUGGACGUAAAUCUGUUGAAUAAUGCAGUUCGCCUCAAAUUCCAAAAUUGCAGCCUCUUACCUGGAGGGGUUCACGUCUCUGAGACUCAGAAUCAUGUGAUAAUCUUGAUCUUGACCAAUCAGACAGUGCACAGAUUACUUUUACCACACCCUUCCCGGAUGUAUAGGAGCGAGUUGGUAAUUGAAAGUCAGAUGCAGUCAAUAUUUACUGACGUUGGAAAAGUUGAUUUCAGGGAUCCUUGCAACUCUCAAUUAAUUCCAGCAGUACCUGGACUCUCCCCUAAUUCUACCUCCUCGGCAGCUUGGCUUGGCAGUGAUGGGGAGGCUCUGUUUGCUCUUCCGUCUGCUUCUGGGGGAAUCUUUGUUCUUAAACUACCGUCUUAUGACAUACCUGGGAUGGUGUCAGUUGUGGAACUAAAACAGAGUUCAGUAAUGCAGAGACUGCUUAUAGGCUGGAUGCCAACAGCUAUCAGAGGUGACCAGGGGCCUUCAGAUCGUCCCCUUGCUCUUGCUGUUCAUUGUGUCGAGCACGAUGCCUUCAUCUUUGCUCUUUGCCAGGAUCAUAAACUACGAAUGUGGUCUUAUAAGGACCAAAUGUGCCUGAUGGUGGCCGACAUGCUGGAGUAUGUUCCUGUGAGUAAAGACUUUCAGCUCAGUAUUGGAACUGGACAUAAGUUACGGCUUGCUUAUUCCCCUUCCAUGGGACUCUACCUAGGGCUGUUCAUGCAUUCACCAAAACGCGGACAGUUCUGCAUUUUCCAACUGGUGAGCACUGAGAAUAACCGCUAUAGUCUAGAUCACAUUUCGUCCGUUUUCACUUCUCAGGAGACACUGAUUGACUUUGCCUUAACCUCUACGGAUAUCUGGGCCCUGUGGCAUGAUGCUGAGAACCAAACUGUUGUGAGAUACAUCACCUUUGAGCAUAAUGUUGCAGGUCAAUGGAAUUCAGUUUUUAUGCACUCUCUGCCAGAGGAAGAGAUCAUUAUCAGAGAUGAUCAAGACCCCAGAGAGAUGUAUUUGCAGACUCUAUUUACACCAGGACGAUUCAUAAAUGCAGCUUUAUGUAAAGCUUUACAGGUCAGCAAGAAAAGAUUUAAUGUUUAUUUAAGACUGUCUCUUCCUCAGAAGGUGUUUCUUUGUGUGGAGGGUCAGCUCCAAGGAAGUGUAACAGAGUAUGAAUUUUCCCAGGAGGAAUUUCGAAAUUUACAACAGGAAUUCUGGUGCAAGUUCUAUGCCUGUUGUCUUCAGUACCAAGAAGCCCUCUCUCAUCCUCUUGCCCUGCAUUUGAAUCCACACACAAACAUGGUGUGCCUACUGAAAAAAGGGUACCUGUCUUUCCUUGUGCCUUCCUCCUUAGUGGAUCAUUUGUAUCUCCAUCCUGAUGACGACCUUUUGGCCGAGGAUGAGGCAGCCAUAUCUGAUGAUGUGGAAGUUGCUCGGGACGUCAUGUGUCUUAUAAAAUGCCUUCGGCUGAUUGGAGAGUCAGUAACUAUGGACAUGUCAGUAAUGAUGGAAAUGAGUUGUUACAACCUACAGUCUCCAGAAAAGGCUGCAGAACAGAUUCUGGAAGAUUUGAUCACUAUUGAUGUAGAAAAUGUGAUGGAGGAUAUUUGCAGUAAGCUACAAGAGAUCAAGAACCCAGUCCAUGCCAUUGGGCUACUUCUACGGGAGAUGGAUUACGAGACAGAAGUAGAAAUGGAAAAGGGGUUCAAUCCAGCUCAGCCUUUGAAUAUUCGGAUGAAUCUUUCCCAGCUAUAUGGUGGCAGCACAGCAGGAUAUAUUGUGUGCAGAGGUGUGUGCAAAAUUGCCAGCACUCGCUUCCUCAUCUGCCGAGACCUUUUGAUCUUACAGCACCUAUUAUUGAGGCUGGGCGAUGCGGCGAUCUUGGGAGCUGAUCAGCUCUUUCAAGCCCAGCAAGACCUACUACACCGAACCUCUCCUCUCCUCUUAUGUUAUUAUCUCAUUAAGUGGGGAAGUCAGUGCUUAGCAACUGAUGUUCCAGUUGACACACUGGAGUCCAACCUCCAACACUUGUCAGUACUGGAACUAACAGACUCUGGUGCUGUAACGGGAAAUAAGUUUGUAUCUAGCCCUCAGACAAUUGUGGAAUUAUUCUUCCAAGAAGUUGCAAGAAAAUACAUCAUAGCCCAUCUCUUCUCUCAACCAAAGGCACCUCUGAGCCAAACUGGGUUGAAUUGGCCUGAGAUGAUUACUGCAGUUACCAAUUAUUUAUUGCAGCUUCUAUGGCCUAGCAAUCCUGGUUGUCUCUUUAUGGAAUGUUUGAUGGCCAAUUGUCAGUAUGUACAGUUGCAGGAUUAUAUUCAACUGCUCCAUCCCUGGUGUCAAGUCAACAUUGGUUCCUGUCGAUUUAUGCUGGGACGUUGUUACCUGGUUACAGGAGAAGGACAGAAGGUUUUGCGUCUACUAGAUGUUAUUGGUUUGCCUGAGCUGGUUAUUCAGUUGGCCAUGUCAGCAAUAACUGAAGCAGGGGAUGAUUGGAAAAGUCAGGCUACUUUAAGGACAUGCAUUUUCAAACAUCAUUUGGAUUUGGGUCACAAUAGCCAAGCAUAUGAAGCCUUAACCCACAUUCCUGAUUCCAGCAGGCGGUUAGAUUGUCUGCGGCAGCUGGUGGUAGUUCUUUGUGAACGCUCGCAGCUACAGGAUCUUGUAGAGUUUCCCUAUGUGAAUCUGCAUAAUGAGGUUGUGGCAAUAAUUGAAUCACGUGCACGAGCCGUGGACCUUAUGACUCACAAUUACUAUGAGCUCCUCUAUGCCUUUCACAUCUAUCGCCACAAUUACCGAAAAGCUGGUACAGUGAUGUUUGAGUAUGGAAUGCGUCUUGGCAGAGAAGUUCGAACUCUGCGGGGACUUGAGAAGCAAGGCAACUGUUACUUGGCCGCUGUUAACUGUUUACGACUUAUUCGUCCAGAAUACGCGUGGAUCGUCCACCCAGCAUCUGGUGCAGUGUGUGAUCGCCCUGGCGCAUCCCCUAAGAGGAAUCAUGAUGGAGAAUGCACAGCUGCUCCAACCAAUCGGCAGAUUGAAAUUCUGGAACUGGGAGACCUGGAAAAAGAGUGUUCCUUGGCCCGAAUCCGCCUCACUCUGGCUCAGCAUGACCCGUCAGCAGUUGCAGUUGCAGGAAGUUCAUCAGCAGAGGAGAUGGUCUCUCUCUUGGUUCAGGCUGGCCUUUUUGACACUGCCAUAUCCCUCUGUCAGACUUUUAAGCUUCCCUUGACGCCAGUCUUUGAGGGACUUGCUUUCAAAUGCAUCAAGUUGCAGUUAGGGGGCGAGGCAGCCCAAGCAGAAGCCUGGUCCUGGCUAGCAGCCAAUCAGCUCUCAUCAGUCAUCACCACUAAGGAGUCCAGUGCUACAGAUGAAGCAUGGAGACUAUUAUCAACUUAUCUGGAAAGGUACAAAGUUCGGAAUAACUUAUAUCACCACUGUGUAAUCAACAAGCUCUUGUCUCAUGGAGUACCUCUACCUAAUUGGCUAAUAAACAGUUACAAGAAGGUCGAUGCCGCUGAGUUGCUCCGUUUGUACUUAAAUUAUGACCUUUUAGAAGAAGCUGUGGAUUUGGUUUCAGAAUAUGUAGAUGCUGUAUUGGGGAAAGGACAUCAGUACUUUGGAAUUGAGUUUCCAUUGUCUGCAACAGCGCCAAUGGUGUGGCUCCCAUACUCUUCUAUUGACCAGCUUCUCCAGGCUCUGGGAGAGAACAGUGCCAACAGUCACAACAUUGCUCUGUCCCAGAAAAUACUUGACAAAUUGGAGGACUACCAGCAAAAAGUUGAUAAAGCAACACGAGAUUUAUUAUAUCGUCGGAACUUGUGA